UCAAUUUAGAACGUGGGGUACCUUUGUAUAUGCCCAAUAAGAAUGGAGCGCUUGGGCUACAUGCAGCAGCGGCUGCUGGGUACAAUGAUGUUAUGCUGUUAGCGAGGGGUACUCGAGUGGAUAUUGCUACUAGGGAUAAUUAUACCGCAUUGACUGUAGCCGUCCAAUCCGGACAAGCAGCGGUUGUAGAAACGCUUCUUGGAUUCGGAGCCGAUGUACAUAUUGAAGGAGGACAGAUUGGCGAGGUUAAUUGUUAUACGAAUUUACUACAUAUAUGUAAAUUCCAGACAGCUUUACAUGUAGCUGCUGGCUUGCCGAGUGGAAAUAUUGAGUGUGCACAAAUGUUGUUAUUUAGCGGUGCGCAGCCGAACGUACGUCGAUCUGACGGGAUGACCCCGUUACAUAUAUCCGCGCGUACAGGUAACAAAGAAAUGGUUCGUUUGCUGCUGGCAGAGGGCGCUGAUCCUAAAUUGAAAUCGAAGAUAGGUGAAACACCUCUACAUUUGGCCUCAAAACAAUGUCACCUUCCCGUAGUAUUAUUAUUAUUAGAGAAGAUUGGCAAAGAUAGUCAUGAGAUUCGAGAAUAUGACGGACAGAGCAGUGUCCAUUAUGCUAGCCAGAUUAUGCCAGAUCAGAAUCAUUUUAUUGAAGAAGAUACUAAAAUUGUUUCAACACUUGUGGACUCAGGCGGGGAUUGUGAAAAACAAACACUUAAUACACCUAUGCAUAUGUGCGCUCGCUCAGGGAAUGAAGGUGUUCUUUUGGCUAUGGUAAACAAAAUCGGGCCUGGAUCUGUUCAGAUUGUACAAAAUAAAAAAUCCAAAAAUGGUUGGUCGCCCUUACUUGAAGCUUGCGCUCGUGGACAUGUCGGUGUUUCACGUAUUCUACUUCAACACCACGCUAGAAUUGACGUCUUCGACGAAUGUGGCCGCGAAAAACGGAGAAGCUCCAUUGCAUUUAGCUGCACAGUAUGGACAUGCAAAAUUAGUAGCAAUGCUUGUUCAGGUAGAGUAAUAAUUAUUAAAAAAUUAUAUUUUAAGGAGCAUGGAGCGAGUCUGGAAGCCAUCACAUUGAACAACCAAACAGCACUUCAUUUUGCUGCCAAAUUUGGACAAUUAAUCGUUGCACAGACACUUUUAGCAUUUGGAGCUAAUCCCAAUGCCAAGGACGAUAAAGGGCAGACCCCGUUACAUUUGGCAGCAGAGGUGCUUUUACUACAAAUUUUUAUAUUUAAUAUUGUCAGAAUGAUUAUCCGGACGUGUGGAUUUACUUGUGCUCAUAUUGCUGCAAUGAAAGGCAGUCUUGCAGUGGCUAUGGUUAUACAUGCUAAAACAAAAAUACUAGAAGCAACUACUCUGCAUAUGGCAGCAUCAGGGGGUCAUUCUCGUAUUGUAAAGAUACUCCUUGAGAAUGGGGCUAGCCCAGAGGAUGAGAAUGCUAACGGCAUGACUCCUCUUAGUUUAGCUGCCUGGAAUGGGCAUGUCCCAAUUUUGGCUUGUUUUGACAAAAAAUAUUGGCGACGUUGCUCUAAAAAGGUAGAAAUUUUCGUGAUUGUUCUAAUAUUAAAGCAUAGACGGGCCUAA